AUGCGUUUCACACAAAUCGCUACUCUUCUUUCUGUUGCCGCUGCGGCCAGCGCCCAGUACACCUACAACAUCACCCAAGCUGAAAAAGCGGGCAACAUGGAAAAGUACAAGUGCUUGGACAACAAGAAGCUCAGCAGCUGGAUGCCCAAGUGCGUUCACGAAUGUCAGGAGUAUGCCAACAAGCAUGACGGUUGUGCAUUCGAUGACUUUACUUGCCACUGCAUCAACUCCAGCGUCUACUCUUCUAAGAUUGAGUCCUGCGCUUUCCCCCCCGAUCACGGUGGUAAGGGAACGUGCUCAUCCGAGGAACUUUUAAAGGCACGCCCUAUCGUUGAGGACAUGUGCAACUUCUUCAAUGCUACUCUCUACGAAGAUUACGAAGAGUGCGAUCUGGAGCUUAGCGAGGACAAGACUUACGAGAUCCUCGCCGAGGAGGAGUUCGGAGAAAUUUCCCACUAG